CGGACCGGUCCACAGUUAGUCAGUCCUGCGGAGGUUAGAGUAAUAGUAUGUCUACUAGACCUGGUCGUACUGGAAGGGAUAUACCCGUCCUUGGCCCGGGGCGUUGGGAUUCCAAUCGAGCGACGGACGAGGGCCGCUGCAUUGCCCGGGCUUGUAACGGGACGGGGGACGGCGAGGGUGGAGGAGGCACGGAACAGGAAGGAUGUGGAGUUACUGGGACUCGUCGUUGGGAGAUUGCUGGAGUUGCUCAGGGGGGAGGGUGUCGUGGCCGAGGGAGAUUUGCUACGGAGGGUAGGUGAUCGGGUUUUGGUGGACGUGAUCGCUGGGUGCGCUGAAUUAGCCUUCAAUCCUGAAAACGGGGGGGAUAGGGGGGGGUGGGAGAGAAGUUUCGGAUCUUGAUUGACGGGUUAGUCCCAAUAUAACCUUCACAGAUAAUCACUCGAAUACUAACGCCUCUCUUUCUAGAACGCCAACACCACAAUUACUCCCGCUCCUCCUCCAACUAUUAACUCCCCAAACACCCCCAUUCUUCAGAACCCCUCUCGCGAAGACGCUCUCCCUCAUCCCGUUCAGACGUCCCGACGCUGUCCGCCAUAUAAUUGAGCUGUUUCUGUUGACCGACACUCCGGCAGAUUCUUCGUCCUUGAUACCUCCAAAUUUGUCCAUUGAAGCGCUGAGUAAAGCUUCAAAUAUUAUAUGCGCUGUCCCCAGUUCGGUGGAUGCGGGAGAGUACUAUUCUAAAGUCUGCGCUGAACUGCUGGAGCUUUUGGAUUCGGAGGAUACCCUGAUGGUGCGGGCAGCGGGGUUCGUGAUAGCGGAUGUUCUGGGGAGGAAAGGGAGGGGGAUUGAGGAGACGGUGGAGAGGGUGUUGGUUGUGCCAUUGAUA